AAACGAAAAAGGCCAUUAAAGAAAGCAAGAAAAUGCCGCAGAGUAGGGCAGAGAGGGAGGAGGAGAGAGAAAGAGAGCAUCGAGUCAUGUGAAGUCUAAAAAGUCGAAGGAACAGAGGGUGAAAACAAAGAGAGAUUUCCUCUCUCUUUCUUGGUGGGUACUCUCUUUCACCGUUGCGUUGCUCUCUCCUGGAUGCCUUCCAACGGCUAAUUUUUCCAUUUCACUCUCGUUCUCUUCGCCUCCCGGAAUCUUCUGGUCCCAAAUCGCCUGAGAAAGAGAAGGGGGAAGGGAUUUUCUUAGUGAAGCUAGCUUUUUGCGCGACUUCGUCAUAAGUGGAAGGUGGUUUUGUCAAGUGGGCCGCUGGAAUUCGUUGGUAGAGUUGGGGUUUCGAGAAGAAAGAUCGGAACAUGGCUAUGGGGAAGUGGAGUUUGGGGGAACGAAUUGAUCCGUCGAUGCCUUCUUGGACGUAGUUGUUGGGUUUGUAGCAGAUUUGUGCUGUCUUCUGGCCUUGCGCUGCCUAAAGGUCAGAGCUUGAGAGAAAAUCCGGAAUAGGUGUGCUUUCGGAGGCGCUUAGACUGCAGGAUUUUGAAAUUCUGAAGGAUUAAUCCCUUUCGAGGUCUUUGGAGAUUUUGAAGAGCUCUCGGGUGGAAAAAAGGUAAACUUUGUUCUUUAUCUAUGACUUAGGUUAUGAAAGUAGGUAUUUUGGUACUUCCCUCAAUAGACCUUUCGUUUUCCCCAAGCCAAAGUUCUCUUGGGCUCAGAAAGAAAGCAGGCCAUUUGAGAAAUAGACUGAGAGAAGGGCAAAAAUAGCUCCUUUGGGAUCUUUGACUCCUUGGAGAGAAAGAGGACAAAGUGCUGCUCUUUUUUUUUCUUUUUUGGUAGAAAAGUGCUUCUCUUUGAUAUUUGGACUGAGGGUUUAGAAUUUAAGAAUUGAGCUUUAAAUGGAAGCGUGGCUUUGAAAUAUAGAAAAAAUGAGCUUUUUUUUAAAAAAAAUUUGGAGGUGCUUCAAGAAUCUUCCAUUGAGAGAAUUUUGUAUGCUGACUUGCAUGGAUUGAGAGUUGAUCAGCAAAGGAAAAUCCAAUUCCAAGUAGGCCUUUUGAAUUUCAAAGAGGAAUGAAUGUUUAGUGAAGUUAUUUUCCUCUAUACUGUAGAGAAGCGGUAGAGUCUAUGAGCUAAAUGGGUUCUUCAGGUUCCAAACCUCGUAAAAAUGAAGCUUUGAUCCUCUGCAAGGAGCGCACACGAUACAUUAAAGAGGUUAUCGAUUCAUGGUAUGCUCUAUCAGCAGCUCAUCUUUCCUAUAGCCAAUCCCUUCGUACUGUCGGUACUGCUCUAAGGCGAUUUGUGGAGGCUGAAAUUGUGGCAGAGUCAUCUCUAUCCACUUCAGAAGUGGACAAAUCUCCAACUCAUUCCUCGUAUGCCUCACCAUCGCCUUCUCGCUUUCCUGAGCAUGUUGGCUCCCUAUCACUCAGUGAAAGUCCAUUGUCACCUCGACUCUCCAAUAUGAGUUACAUGAUGACAACUGACAGUGCUGCUGUGACAGUUACAAUCAAUUCCUCAGCAGCAGAUUUUGUCGAAGAAGAGUCUCUUACCUUUUCCCUGCCUCCAGCUGCCCCUCCAGAAAUAAGUUCCUCAUGGGACUUCUUCGAUCCUGCUGAUGCAGUGGACAGUGCUGGGGUACAGAAUGGUGAAAACACUCCCAGCUUAAACUUUAGUAGGUUGAUGGGUUUGAGACAGUUAAAAGAAGCAGAAGUGGUUCCUUUAUUGGAAGAGGAAGCACGAAAUUCCUAUAGGAAGAAAGAGCAAUUGAAAUGGGGUAAGGCUGAUUUGGAGGGAAUAAAUGAGAAUGCUAGGUCUGUUGAUUUGAUUCAGGCAAAAAGAGAUGAAGGAAGAGAAGUGAAGAUCGGAUGCAAUAGUGUUAAUAGGUCAGUUGAAGCUUUAACUAAAAUUGCCUCAUCUGAGCUGGAUGUGUCGAAGAUGGAAAAAGAACUUCAUGCGGAGAGGGAGGAUGCUUCAGAGUUCAUCACUCACAGGGCCAAAGAUUUCCUGCCCAGUAUGAGGGACAUUGAGCACCGUUUCCUUAGGGCAGCAGAAGCUGGCAAUGAGGUAUCUAGAAUGCUCGAGACAAACAAGAUUCGGCUUGGCAUCUUCUUGGAGACAACGGGCCAGCCACCUGCUUCUCAAUUGCUUUCAGCCUUUCAUCAUGUCUGUUGCAAGGGGGAGACAAUACCCAAGCUUGAAUCCACCCAGCAUGUGGCAAAGGUCAUCACUUGGAAUCGCUCAAUCUCUUCUCUGUCAUCAUCAUCUAGGACUCCUCUUGCAUCAGCAGCAAAAGAUGGUGGUGACAGCAGUAGUGAUUUUAUUGAAGAGUUCUCCAUGAUUUCAGGAAGUCAUUCAUCCACGCUGGACAGGCUCUAUGCAUGGGAGAGAAAACUUUAUGAUGAAGUAAAGGGUAGUGAGUGUAUCCGAAAGGCAUACGAUCAGAAAUGCAGUCAGCUAAGACACCAAUCUGCAAGGGAUCUCAAUGCAAAACUGAUUGACAGAACUCGAGCAGUUGUGAAGGAUCUGCAUUCACGAAUAAGGGUAGCCAUUCAAUCAGUUGAUUCAAUAUCAAAAAGAAUUGAGAGGUUAAGGGAUGAGGAAUUGCAUCCGCAACUUGUAGAGCUGAUACAAGGAAUGAUCAGAAUGUGGAAAGCUAUGCUCGAAUGCCAUCAUUCACAGUUCAUUACAAUCUCCUUAGCCUACCAUAUGAAAAACUCAGCAGCAUCACCUCAUAGUGAGCCCUACAGGCAGGCAUUAACGCACCUUCAGAGCGAGUUGGUGUGCUUUUGUUCAAGCUUUGCAAAUUGGGUAAAUGCUCAUAAAUCCUAUGUAGGAGCUCUAAACACCUGGCUUCAGAAGUGCAUCUUGCAACCCAAAGAACGCCGAAAGGGAAGGAAGGUAGGCUUCCCCCCUCGUCAAGCCCUUUCUCCCCCUAUAUUUGUUCUCUGUCAUGACCUGCUGGCUGGGCUCGCUUCGCUCCCCUCUGAGGAGCUAUGUGAUUCCAUAAAGGGCAUUGUUUCCGUCCUACAUGACUCCUUUGAGCAGCAAAUGGAAGGGAAGCAAACAGGAAAAAACCUUGAAAAUCCAGAAAAUGAUGGAGAAUUUGAGAACAAUGAAGAUGAGAAAUUUAGGAGAGCUUCGAGCUUAGACAACUUGCAGUCGAGCUUAACAAGGUUAUUUGAUUGGUUCACGAAGUUCUCAGAGGCCUCACUUAAAGUUUAUGAAGAUGUCAAGCAGGGAAAUGAGAUAGCUCGUAUUGCUUAUACAAACGGUGGAUUAAGGUAGUUGACAUAUAGUUAAGCAUUGCUCGUGUAAAUUUAUCAUCAGCAGAAUUCUCUUUCCAGACUGAAAUAAAUUUUGAGUACAAAUUUCAAGCUGGAAAAUGCAGACAGUGGAAUCCAAUGAACUUCUAAACUCUCUGAUCCAUGUCUUUUAAUGGCAUGUGCUGUUCAGUACAGUGCCCAUUGGUUGGUGAAGCCUUCAGCGAUCAAGAUCAUGUAAGGUUUAUAUUCUCUAGCUGAGGUAACAGAAGAAUUUUGAUAUGUUGACAUAGGUUGUCUGCAUCUGAAAUUUGUUUGAUAUCCAGAAAUUUAUUUAUUUCUAUUAACUGAUAAAAUUACCUUGGAUGCAAA